UAACAUCGUCUGGUCUUUCUUCUACCUCGAGCCAACCAGAAAAAAACAUGGGUUUCCUCUCUAAGAUCCGAUUCAGCUCAUCAACUUUUCAGCGUCGAAGCUUCUCAUCAAUUCUAAACCCCGAUUCAACAACCCCCCUUUCCAGCAAGCAGAAAACACGGGCUGCUCUUUCUCUCAUCAAGACGGAGAAAAACCCAGAACGCAUCCUCGAUAUCUGCCGCGCCGCCUCUCUCACCCCAGAUUCCCAGCUAGAUCGCAUCGCCUUCUCCGUCGCCAUUACAAAGCUUGCUGGGUCGAAUUAUUUCGAAGGUAUUCGCACGUUCCUGGAAGAGUUGAAAACUCGACCCGACCUUCGAAAUGAGCGUUUUCUUUCUCAUGCUAUAGUUCUUUAUGGUCAGGCUGGGAUGAUCGACAAUGCAAUCCUCACAUUUGAUCAUAUCAAGGAAUUUGGUUUCUAUCCAUCUGCUAAGUCACUAAAUGCGCUAAUUUUCUCUUGCAUUGUCGCCCACAAAUACGACGAGGCAAAGCGUGUAUAUCUCGAUUUCCCCAAGAAGUAUGGGAUUGAGCGUAAUCUCGAUACUUAUAAUACUGUUAUCAAAGCGUUCUGUGAGUCAGGUUCCGCAAGUUCUGUGUAUUCUGUUUUAGCUGAGAUGGAGAGGAACCAUUGUAAGCCUAACUUAACAACAUUUUCGACUUUGAUUGCUGGUUUCUAUAAGGAAGAAAAGUAUGAUGAUGUUGGGAAAGUGUUGGAAAUGAUGAAGAAAUUCGGUAUGAGACCUAAUAUUAGUCUAUAUAACACUAGAAUUCAGAGUCUAUGCAAGCUUAGGAAAUCUAAGGAAGCAAAGGCUUUACUGGAUGGGAUGAUCUCAAGGGGUAUGAAGCCCAACAACGUGACAUACACUCAUUUGAUUCAUGGGUUUUGUAGGGAGGGUAAUUUAGAAGAAAGCAAGAACCUAUUUAAGACAGUGACCCAUCAUAAAUUACCGCUAGAUUCUGAGUGUUACUUCACUCUUGUUUAUUACCUGUGCCAAGGUGGUGAUUAUGAGACAGCUUUGCAGAUCACUAAGGAGAGCAUGGAGAAGAAUUGGAUUCCAAAUUUCACCACCAUGAAGACACUUGUGAAUGGUCUAGGGAGCAUUUCCAAGGUUGACGAGGCUAAAGAACUCGUUGCAGAGUUGAAGAAGAAGUUUCCUACUAGAGCUGAUGUAUGGAUUGAAAUUGAAGAAGGAUUACCCAAGUAGAAAUGCUAACAAGUUUAAGACUAUGGCAUAGAGUAUGCUAGCUUUCAUUCAUAUUGCUCAAUUUAUAUGGUCAUUUGAUUUGUUGAAGGAAUGCCUUGUAUGGUGAUUUCUAGUUUUAUAAUGACUAUAUGUUGUUUCAUUUUGGAACUGAUAACUUACAAGUUAUUUUAUCUGCGGAUUUAGUAGUUCUCUAGUGUUGUACAAGUAAAGGGGGCAUCUCAACAUGCUUCCAAUUGCGUCUUUAACUGUUUGGUAACUAUACCCUGAGCUUUAAGUAGAAACCCACAUUUUUCUACCAAUAAGAGUUGUGUUGCUUAUGCGAGCACUUUAUAUUC